AUGGUAGACACAGAAUUAGACACAACAAAGACUCUACCUUCCGUACCAUCAUCCGAUGAAGAACCUGGAGAAAAUAAAAACAGAAAAGAAAGCCCACCCGAGGGUCAAUCUCUUGCCCUGAAGGAACUAGAUUCCUUACUUGCAGAAACACCCAUUGAGAAAACUGAACAGAAUGACCCUUCAAGUGUCAUUCCUUCCCACACCGAUUCUGAAGAAAAAUCAAGUGAAGCCGAUGACGAUGACUUUGAUUUCUACCAGAUUUCAUUCGAUGAGGUUGAUGACAGAAUAUCAGCAUUUCAGGAAGACGCGUUUGUGAGCCAGGCACUUGAGAGUGGAAUGGAUUUGCGUGAAUAUGCUCGACAAGUAAAUCAACAAAAGGAAAAUGUUCAAAGAGACCUCGAAAACGAUUAUGCUCAGCAGGUUCAAUCCUUUGUCGACCUUCAUUUUGAAAUUGAAUCUUGUGAUGGAGUGUUGGGUAGGAUGGAAGAGUUGAUGAAUGCAUUCCAAAGUGAUUUGGGCAAUAUCAGUGGAGAAAUAAAGAAUCUGCAGGAACAAUCCUCUUUUAUGAGUGUCAAGCUAAAGAAUCGAAAAGCAGUUGAGACACGAUUAGGACGGGCGUUGAAAGGAAUGGUUAUUCCACCUUAUGUGAUAAAGAAGAUUACAGAAGGAGAAAUUGAUGAAAUGUGGUUAAGCUACCUGCUCGGAAUUAACAAACAAAUGAGAUUUGUGAAAGCAAACCAACAUAGACCUAUCAAAGCUUUACGAGACGUAGGACCAGAGCUGGAGAAACUACGGCUCAAAGCAUCGGCCUCUAUUCGUGAUUUUUUUGUCAGCAGGAUACAUUCGCUAUGCGUACCAAACACAAACAUCCAAAUUAUGCAGCAAUCUGUGUUUCUGAAAUACAAAGGUCUUCACAUGUUUGUAUUGGAAAGGCACCAUGAUGCUGCAGCAGAGAUCCAACAAACCUACGUGAACUCACUUCGAUGGUAUUUUCAUAAUCAUUUCGAAAGAUAUAGUAAAGGUCUAUUAAAAUUGCAGACUGUAGUGACAGACAAGACUGACUUGAUUGGUGUUGAAGAAAACGCACGGAAAGGUGGUCUAUUUGGAGGUGGAAAACAAGCGUUCAAGGACAAAACGAAUGUGUUUGCUUUGGGCGACCGUAUUGAUGUUUUAAGGCUACAAGAUCCUGGUGUGAUUCUUGUUCAUGUAGCUGAAGACAAGGAACAAAAAUAUCAAUUCGAACAGCUAUUCCGAAGUUUCAAUUUGACAUUGAUCGACAACGCAAGUUCUGAAUACUUGUUUAUAUACGAGUUUUUUUCAAGAGACCCAGCUGCUGCCGCAGAUAUCGCAAAAAAUAUAUUCCAACAAAUUUAUGAACCUACUGAGCGUGUAGGAAAGGCAUUCUCAAAGGCAUGCAUUGAUAACUCAUACGACGCUGUUGGUAUCUUAUUGUGUAUUCGUAUCAAUACCCAGCUUGCACUUGAGCUUCAGAGAAGACGUGUACCGGCUUUGGAGGGAUAUACAAACUCAAUUAAUAUGCUACUCUGGCCAAGGUUUCAACAUGUUAUGACACUUCAUAUCGAUAGUAUGAAAAAAAUGGCUAACAAUAAGUCUGUGUUGAGCGCAGUCAAGGAGAUACAUCCACACUAUAUCACCCGACGCUAUGCAGAGUUCUCUACUUCUCUCCUGGUCUUGAACGACGGCUAUGACGACGCUAUCCUGACCAAUAGUGUCCAGAGGCUGAGAAAUGAACUGGAAGGAUUAUUGGCACGAAUGUCAAAUGAAUUUCCAGAGGUUGCACGCAAGAUUGUGUUUCUGAUCAAUAAUUAUGAUUUAAUUGUUUCUGUGUUUCAGGAAGCAAAUAAUCGUGCAGUCGAAGCCGAAUUGGAUCAUGUCAAACAAAUCCUCUCUCUUCAGAUCGGCGCUUUUGUAGACGAGCAAUUGAAGCCUUAUUUUGGAGCCCUUAUAGAUUGUGUUAAGCGCGUAGAGAAAAUGAAGAGUGAACUUGAUCGGAUAGCUUAUCAGUUCUCACAGACAUGGAGGUCUUCUCUUACUGGUAUCAAUGCCUCUGUAAUUCAAUAUUUCUCUAAUUUCAAAAAUGGUACUACUGUGCUGCAUGCUGUGCUGGGUCAACUUAUUGUCUACUACACGCAAUUCCUCGAUAUCCUCGAACAGAGGGGUGUUAGUAAAGUGCAGCCAGUAGGUAUCCAGACAGUGAUGGUUGAAAUUAAGAAAUUUAGGAGUAGUUUCUAA